ACGUCAUUUAGAUGAAAAAAUGGCGGCGGGCAGCAGCUCAAACGUGAACGAAAAUAUUCCCGUUUUUGAAUAUAAAGACAUAAACACCAAACCAUUCCACGUUGGCUCAUUCAGAACCGCAUGGCUUGAGAAAUUGAAACGAAUUGACUAUUCCUACGAGGAAAAAUACGAAGAGACUCAAGAUGCCGACUUUGCAAAGGAGAUGGGAAUCGCACCAGAAACGUUGGAUGAACUGAAAGCUAUCUGCAGCAUUGACAAUCUUCGCUGUCAACCUGAAGAGGAGCCCCUUGACACCAACGUUGUGCCACCUGACCCCACUCUGCAAACACUAAUACAGAGAAAGAAGAAGCAGGAUUACAAAGACACCCUGAGGAUCGAUAAGAUAAGCAGAGUUGACCACUACCAAGAUGAACUGGAGAGCCUAGCAGUGGGUAAAAGGCCUGAGGACCUUGUUGACUUGGUGCCAGAAGGGGAGAUCAUUUUGAGCAUCAACGUUCUCUACCCAGCCAUAUUUGAGAGAUUUAAGUAUGUGAGGCCCCACAUGACCUUUCAGAUGCUGGGCUCCCAUAGGCUGGUGGACCUGAGGGAUGCUAUCUGCUGUAUCAGCGACCUGCAGGUCUUCGGAGAGUUCAGCAACACGCCCGACAUGGCACCGGACUUCAUCAGCAAGGAUCACUUCAAAUCCGCCUUCUUCUACUUUGAAGGGGUCUUCUACAAUGACAUGCGUCACCCUGAGUGCCAGGACAUGAGCGAGACCACCAUUGAUUGGGCAAAGACUAGAGACUUCCCCACGUUCCACAAGGCCAAGAUGGAGGACACCAGGUUCUACGACCUGAAGGUGAAGGUGGGCUACCCCUACCUCUUCUGUCACCAGGGAGACUGCGAGCACGUUGUCAUCAUCACCGACAUCAGACUGGCCCAUAAGGAUGACUGCCUGGAUAAGAAACUGUACCCUCUCCUUACCCACAAGCACAGGGUCAUGACCAGAAAGUGCGCCGUGUGUAACGUCUACAUCGGCAGAUGGUUAACCACAAAUGAUCCAUUUGCCCCAAAUGACCCGUGUCUCUUCUGUGAGCGGUGCUUCCGCAUGCUGCACUAUGACAAGGAAGGAAACAAACUAGGACAGUUCCUGGCCUACCCUUAUGUGGACCCUGGUGCCUUCAACUGAGACUGAGCUGCCCACAUUCUACUAACCUUUCUCCCAUCUACUGCUGGGCAGUAUUGGCACAUAGGGAGGAGGUUUUCUAUUUUCUGUUGGAAUUAAAGCACUUUACCUACUGUUUUUCUACUUUCAUCUUGGAUUGGGAUUCACGGUCACAUGGAAAUGUUCUGGUUAAUAAAGCAUUUUUGGGGGGUA